AUUUACACUUCAGCAUCAACUGAGACGUGGUGUGUGUUUGAAGCCGGGUUAUGAAUGUGCGGUUUUUGUCACUUCAGACCUUGACAUUUGCUGAGGUAGUCUAAUGAAAGAAUGUUCCAGAAGGCUACAUGCAGCAAUUUUUACAGACGUCACUGACUGAGUUCAGGUCUAUGUACCUAAAUGAUGAACUACCUGGCCCACACGGCCCACUGGCAGUUCUUUGGUUUGGUGCUGGCAGUACUGGGAUUGAUCCUGACAGCUGCCACCAGUGGAAUGGAUGACUGGAGAGUGUGGUAUGUAGACGACAUGUCCGUCAUCACCUCUGGGAUGGCCUGGUUUGGCAUCUGGAGGGCCUGUUUUUAUAGCAGCGUCCUUGACACGGCUGAGUUUUGCCGAAGCAUAAGCAUCACAGACUCGUUCAUUCCUCCAGAGAUUGCUGCAGGACAGGUGAUGUGUAUGAUGGCCAUCCCUGUGGGAAUCGCUGCAAACCUGGUUGCAGGAUACGCCGUGAGACGUGCUUACUUCAACAUCGAUGGAGGGCACAUCAGACUUUUCUUCUCAUCAGCAGGAGCUUUGUAUUUCCUCACCGCAACGUGCUCGCUGAUUCCUGUUAUUUGGAACAUGAGUUCAGUGCUGGAGAAUCGUACGAUUGAUUUCCCGCCAGAGUUUCUUCUACCUCCUGCACCGUAUAAACAGGAGCUGGGCCUGGGGAUCGUAAUGGGAAUCGGCUCCUCUGUCCUGCUUAUUAUAAGUGGGCUGCUCUUCCUGUCCUACAGGCAAACACGUAAACCCAGGAAACACAAGACUGAGGGAACCAAGGAGAAAAACCGAGGCAGCACAAACCUCAGAACUGGUGCUCUGGACACUGAUAGUGUAAGAGAAGGGAAAGAGAACCCAGCAUUCAAGGUAGAAGACAUGCUGUAAUGUAGAUUUCUGGACAUUUAGAAAAUAAUCUGCAGCAGCUUAUCUCCUCUGAGUCAUUUCAAAUCUAUGGCAUGUAAUGCUGUUUAAACAUGUUUAACUUACACUUCUCAACCAAUCAGAUUUCACUCCACUCUGUCGCAAAAUUUAUAUGGCACUAGACAUGAGGUGUGCUCUUUACCUUUCAACAUCUCCCACUUCUGUUCAUGGUCUAUCCUAAAUCUAGAUCCAAUAUACAGUAAACAGGAUUAUGGGUUAUAUAUGCAAUGCACACUAAGUAUAUUCAGCAUUUCUUGCAUCAGAUUUAUGUUAUUAAUCCACUUGUUUUUAGCAGUUUUACUGUUUUUUUGUAUUUUGUUUUGUCUGUGAAGUAAACAAGCGUGGCUUUUAGCACUUUCAUGGCUUGGGGCUGCUGCUGUGCUGUAAAAUCACAGGAUGUGCCAUUACAGUUGAGUGUAGAGGUGUUUAGUUUAACAGAACUAAAACAUCCUUUCCGGUUUUUCCUUUGAAUGACAAUGGUGAUUGAACCAAAAUACAGUAAUGAAAAAGGACAAAACAUGUUGGACUAAUUGUGUUUUACAAUGUACAGUGAACAGAACAUUUUAAAAGGAUGUGUUUAAAAGGAUGCAUUUCUAGUAAGCAUUGAAUUAAAGUGUAUUAUACUGUAUCACAGUACUGUUGAACUUUCUAAUCUAACUGGUCAGAAGGUGUUAAUUAAUUUUCUACAGCAGCUCUUACAGUAGUUUUGGCUGCAGGCCAAAUCACAGGCUUGUACAGCUGUUGGUGAAAUUUCCUGAAAGUUUGUGGUGAAAUCUUCUGAAAGUUUUCCAACAGUGCAUUUUCUUUUCAGUGUUUUUUUUUUUUUUUUGCCUUAUUGUCUUUCAGAGAGAGAGAGAGAGAGAGAGAGAGAGAGAAAGAAAUAGAGAGGCUGGUAAGGAAAUGUUUGUAGCUGCUCUCACACACGUGAUAACAGUAACUAAGUUGAUUAAUGGAUUUUUCUACAACAAUAAAUGUAACUAUAAACAGAUUAAAAAAA